AUGGCAGGCUUCUUGCGGGCGAGACAGGCUGGGGUCCAGAACGACUUGUCGGCGGGCAUCACAGCAGCAGCGUUUAGUCCCGGCGAGCAGGCACGGUAUGGGAUUAACUCGCAGAUUAGCUGCAUCGCCUACGAUCCGAUCCAAUCCCUCCUCGCAGUCGGCACAACAGCCUCGAAAUACGGCCCCGCGCAAAUCUACGUCUUUGGCGCCCUCCGUGUGUUUCGCACAUUCCACUCACCCCAGUCUCCCCAAACAUCUACACUAUCCUCCUCCGCAUCACAACCCCCCAACGCCAUCCGCCACCUCUCCUUCGUCGCCAACCGCCUCGUCAGCCUCGACACGCACAACCAACUAGCCAUCUGGGACCUCGACACCGGCCGGCAGAUCGCCCACACCACAUAUGGCCGCGUGUCGUGCAUGAUUACAGACCCUGGGUUGGACUGGGCGCUGGUGGCGAUCCAGAAUGGCGGGGAGGUGUGGGCGUAUGAUCUGGAUCGGGAACGGCCGGCCACGGGGUUUCGAUUGCCGAAUUUUUGGAAGGUCAGGCUCGAGGGGGGUCCGAGGGGGGCUGGGGGAUUGGGAGUGGUCGGGAUGAAUAUUGGGUUGGUUAGUCUGCAGCUGCACCCAAGGGAUAUCGGGAAGCUGCUGAUUGGGUAUACGCAUGGCGCGGUGGUGUACUCGUUCAAGCAGAAUGCGCCGACGGGGUUCUUUGAGUAUGUCGUGCCCCCCGGGGCGCCGGGCGGGGAUGGGGUGGGUAGUGAGAGGGAGAGACGGCCGCGGUUGGUGCAGGCCGUGUGGCAUCCGACGGGGACGUUUAUUUUGACGGCGCAUGAGGAUGGGAGUUUGGCGUUUUGGGAUCCUAAGGAUGGGCGGUUGGUCACGGCGCGAUCGGUGGGGAGGACGCGGGUACAUGAGAGGGGGCCUUCUCCUCCGCAGCCGAGUCGGCUGACGCCGUUUGGCAAGAUCGCGUGGUGCUGCAAGCAGAACCCGGACGACACGGCGCUGUUGAUCGCGGGCGGCCAGCCGGUGGACGAAGAGCAGAAGGGGCUGACGUUCCUCGAGCUGGGCCCAACGCCGACGUAUGCCACUUCGUCGUGGGAUGUGCUGGCGAGCCACUUUGACGGCAAGCAACGGCUAACGCUCCCGAUCCCCGCGGGGGCUGAGGUCGCGAACUACUGCCUGAUCCCGCGGGCGUCCCCAUAUUUCGACGGCGCGCAGGACCCGAUCGCCGUCAUGACCAUGCUCACAUCCGGGGAAAUCAUCACCAUGAGCUUUCCCUCGGGGUACCCGAUCACCCCAACCAACAUGCUCCACCCCAGCCUGUCGUUCGUAUACCCCUUCGUACAGAAGAUCGCAGUCUCAACCGUGCAACGAGAGCGCUGGCUGGGGCUAACCGAGACGCGGAACCAAGGGGAUCCAAUCCUGCAGGGCGGGUCACCAGCACACAAACGCCGUAGAGCUGGGUGGGACUUCCGCAACGUCGUGCAGGUCGCCCACGCCGACAGCACGAUCCGGAUCUGGGACCUGGGCCACGACGACGACAUCGAGAACCCGCGGCAACUACAGGUCGAUGUCUCUCGCGCGCUGGACCGUUACGAAGACGUCACCGUCACCGCGCUGUCGAUGAGUGAUAUGCUGUCGGCGUCUGCUUCUGUGGAACUCGCGGCGGGUACGCGAACGGGCGAGGUGGUGGUGUACCGCUGGGGGGGCAACCGCAACUUUGGGCGUGGCGGUGGUGAUGCAUACCAAAACAGCCGGAAGGAUCCCAACCCGGGUGGGCUAACGGAUAUCUCCUCGCGCGGGGAACCGACGCUCAAGGAUGGGCUGCAGCCGUUUGUGCUGUACGAGAUGAUGCAGGGUCCCGUGAGCGUGGUGAAGGUCGCGUCGGACGCUGGGUUUGUCGGGGUUGGGUCGGAGGCUGGGUUUUUCAGUUUGAUUGAUCUGCGUAAACCGGCGGUGGUGUUCCAGGCGCCGCUGGCGGAGCUGGUCAAGGAGGAGAAACGGUCGUCGUUUCUUGGGGGCCAUCGUUCGUCGGCUUCGUCGGCGUCGGCGUCGGAUGCGAAGGAAUAUCCGACGGUGAUUGAGUUUGGGGUUAUGACGCUGGAGGGGGAUGGGUAUUCGAGCAUUGCGUGCUUUGUGGGGACGAACCGGGGCCAUGUGGCUACGUUCAAGAUCUUGCCGUCGGGGCCGUCGUAUACUGCGAAGUUGGCGGGUGUGGCCAAGUGUGGGGGGAGUAAGGUGGUGUCGAUGGACCCGGUGAAUGCGGAUAAUGGGCAGCCGGCGGGUGCGACGGCGGGGGCAGUGGGUGGGUUGAGAGAGGGGAGGCAGGUGAAUGGGGUGUUGGUUGUUGCCACGCAAACCGAAAUCCGCGUCUUCAAACCGGCCACAGCCAAAGGCGCCUCCAAGUCCUUCGACGACCGUCUCUGCGACGCCGCCCGCGUAACCGAGCUCCCCGGCGUCGGCAUCGCCCUCGUGGCCCUCUUCGGCGACACCAACAACCGCGGCGCCAUCGCCCGCGCCUACUCCCUACCCUCCCUCAAAGAACUCGGUCGCGGCGCAUCCCUCCCCAUGCUCGAUCCCAGCCGCACCAUCUCGGCCGUCAUCGCCCGCACGGGUGAAGUGCUCGGGUGGACGGGCCCCUCCGAGAUCGCGGUGUUGCCUGUCUGGGGCGGGGACGGACAGCAGCUCGCGGGUGGUCCGCCGGUGUCGCGCGAUACACUGGUCAACCCGCAGCUGGCACUGCCGCCGCGGCCGACGAUUAGCAAUUUGCAGUGGAUUUCGGGAACGCAGUAUGUCAGUCCGACGGAUCUGGAUUUGUUGAUUGGUGGGGAUGGCAGGCCGCCGAGUAAGCGGAUGAUGGAAGCGGCGGAGGCGGAGAGGGCCGGGGCUGGGAGUGGUGGUAAUGGCGGUGGUGGUGGUAGCAGGGGGAAUCCACGGGCGGGCACAGCGCAGGAGGGCUGGGGGGAGUACUUCUCGCGGCAGCUGAAUGAGCGGGCGGAGAAACUGUCGGGAGUGGACGACGCGAUGAGCCGGCUGCAGAUGUCGAGUCAGGGGUGGGCGGAUGACGUGAACAAUUAUGUGAAGAAGCAGAAGAGGGAUAUGUUGAUUGGGAGUGUGAAGAAGUCGUUUUUCUAG